GCACUACUUGUUAAUGUGAAUCAAUCUUGUGAUACUCUCGCUGUUUUUAACGUUCGGAAGCAAUAAACAUGUACGCCCACAACGAUGUCCCAGAUGUUACGCAGACAUACCAGAACUCCGUCCUAGUUAAGAACUGGUAUGAAGACCGUUUUCAAGGUGAAGUCGCUUCGGCAUCUGGUCGGGCGCAGCCGACGAAGGAGCGUGUUGUCCAUGAAGCCCUGCCAAAGGGUCACCCUGGGCUGUGGCAAACCACGAAAGCUGAAACGGAGCAUAAGAUGUUGACGUCACCUCCGCCGGCGAAAAUAAACAAACCGAGCAUGUACACCGACGGCAACCUCGCAGAACGAAUGCUAACGUACGGCCUGGCUGACAGCGUUCACUAUACAAUAGGACCCAACCCCGCUGCUGAGGCGGCAAAGCCGGCCCAACGCUACCUUGUCACCACCAACCAGGACCUCUACCAGACGAAGCCGCAGGAGGCCAUUGCAGCCAAUCCGGAGACCUUCCGUACCGAAAAGUCGCCGUACGGGCUGACAAACGGCAUGACGAAGGCGAUCCGGGGCGAGCAGUCGGACCAGCUAAACGUUGCUGGCGGAAAGGGCGCACGCGGCGAGAUCUCCCGGCGACCGGGCGAGUCGGGCAACGUGUACGGCGUGUCUGUGUUUGUGGACGAGUAUGCCAAGUGGGGCACAGCGCUGAAGGGGGUGCCGCUGGAGGAGACGGAGGCGAAGAAGCAGACCAAGUACUUUUAGAUGGAGUACGUCUUCCGGCGGGAUUGCGCCAUGUGCCCUAGUAGGAUGGCUGUCCCCGCAAGUGACAGCGGAGCUCAGGUUGGACGGCAGACAUGACCCGCACGAGGUUGCUUGUUAUUGCCUGACCCCGCAAGUGUAUAUAGCUGGAUGCAUAAUAAGGCAGAGGGGAGCUGCACGAUAUACUUUGCUGCGUGAAUCGACGUCAAGCAGAGAUGUGAUUGUAACUUGUAGGUGUUUGCGCUAUGUAGGUAUAAGGCAGAGGGGCCGGUGGGGUGUUCACGUGAAGUGGUUGGGAGUAGGGUAGAUACGAAGUAAGGCAGGCAUGGAAGGUUGGUGCUAGGCACAGGGACUAAAAGAUAUGUCUAUUGGAUGACAUGAUGUCUUGGGCGGCUAACCUGGCACUAAUGCACCAGCAGCAUACGCCCAUUGUAUAGUGACUGACAAGUCAGCUGCUGCGGUCCAGGUACGUAUCUGCUGGGGCGUUGCAGGACGUGAGGCAGCCAAUCUGCUGUGGUGACAUGGAAUGUUGCCCGUGGCGGUGGGCAGCUGACGAACUCAGGCGUUCAGGAUUUUCGAUUAGUGCCAUGGCGCGUGGAUUCACGUGUAAGCUGGAUGCUGAUAAUACCAGAGCAGGGCAGAGGGUGGGGACAUUCCUAAUUGCUGCGACGCGUACUGGACGGUGCACAUAUACCGAGCCUUUUUACGCUAUGCUUAGGGUGACACGUCGGCGCCAUGAGGUGGCUCCGGGCAGCGUGCAACACCCAUGAUGACCCAGACAAGCACUAAGCAGCAACUUCAGCCUGUAAGCGCUUCGUGCC